AUGGCGGGCGAGAUGCAGCUCCUCACAAAGUUUGAGUCGAAGUCUUCUCGCGCGAAAGGAAUCGCAUUCCACCCCAACCCCAACCGUCCAUGGAUUCUGACCUCCCUCCAUAACGGCACAAUCCAACUAUGGGACUACCGCAUGGGCACCCUGCUCGACCGGUUCGAGGAACACGAUGGUCCCGUUCGUGGAAUUGCGUUUCACCCGACGAAGGAGAUGUUCGUCUCCGGUGGUGACGACUACAAAAUCAAAGUCUGGAACUACAAGACCCGGAAGUGCUUGUUUACCCUGAACGGACAUCUGGAUUACGUCCGUACCGUCUUCUUCCACCACGAAUACCCCUGGAUCCUCUCCGCCUCCGACGACCAAACAAUCCGUAUCUGGAACUGGCAGUCCAGAACCUGUAUCGCCAUCCUCACUGGCCACAACCACUACGUCAUGUGUGCCCAAUUCCACCCCAAGGAAGACCUCAUCGUGUCCGCUUCCCUCGACCAAACGGUCCGCGUAUGGGAUAUCUCGAACCUGCGCAAGAAAAGCGCGGUCGCGCCGCAGACGAUGACGUUUGAGGAACAGAUGGCGAGGGCGAAUAGUGCUGCUGCGGGCGCUGGUGGUGAUUUAUUCGGGAACCAGGAUGCGGUUUGUAGGUUCGUGCUUGAUGGGCACGAUCGUGGUGUUAACUGGGUUUCGUUCCAUCCGACUUUGCCGCUGAUUGUUUCGGCCGGUGAUGAUCGUCUCGUUAAGCUCUGGCGUAUGUCGGAGACGAAGGCGUGGGAGGUCGACACUUGUCGUGGACACUUCCACAAUGCUUGUGCUGCCUUGUUCCACCCGCGUCAGGAACUGCUGUUGUCGUGUGGUGAGGAUAAGACGCUUCGUGUUUGGAACCUCAACACCCGCUCUUCCGUCGCCUCUUUCAGGCGCGAGAAUGACCGUUUCUGGGUUGUUGUUGCGCACCCGGAGAUUAACCUCUUCGCGGCUGGACACGACAGCGGUGUCAUGGUCUUCAAGCUCGAGCGUGAGAGGCCGGCGUGUUCGGUGCACGCCAACUCCCUGUUCUGGGUUACCAAGGACAAGUAUGUCAGGUCCUACGACAUGACCUCCAACACCACCUCCCAAAACCUCGUUUCCCUCCGUAAACUCGGAAACGCUUGGACCCAACCUCGCACCCUCUCAUACAACCCUGCCGAAAGGUCGGUGUUGGUUACGUCGUCCGUCGAUAACGGUGUUUUCGUCUUGGCGAAUUUGCCGAGGGAUGGCAGUGGGAGUGAGGAGACGGAAUUUGUAAGAGGGUCUGGGAAUAGUGCGUUUUGGGUCGCUAGGAACAGGUUUGCAGUUUUCAAUAAGGCUUCGAACACGAUCGAAAUUCGUGAUCUCUCGAAUGCUGUCACAAAGACGAUCAAGCCUACGCAGCCCCUCACCGAUGUCUACUACGGCGGUGCGGGAAUGCUGGUCUUUGCGUUCGCUGCUGGUGUUGGGUUGUACGAUAUCGCUCAAGGCAAGCAAAUCGCGGACUUGCAGACUCCGUUGAUUAAGAAGGUCGUGUGGUCGAAUGAUGGAAGCCAUGUUGCGUUGUUGGGAAAGCAUACCGUUACGAUCGCUACCAAGAAUUUGGAGCAGGUUUCUAGCUUGCACGAGACGAUUAGGAUUAAGAGUGCGACGUGGGAUGAUACGGGUGUGUUGUUGUACAGUACCCUCAACCAUAUCAAGUACACCUUGCUCAACGGAGACAACGGUAUCAUUCGGACGCUUGAGCAGCCGAUGUAUUUGGUCAAGGUUAAGGGAAAGAACGUCUUCUGCCUUGACAGGUCGGCAAAGACGGUUAUCUACUCGAUUGACCCGACUGAGUACCGUUUCAAGCUCGCGCUCGUCAAGAGGAAUUAUGAGGAGAUGCUUCAUAUCAUCCGUACUUCGAACUUGGUGGGACAGAGUAUCAUUUCGUAUCUGCAGAAGAAGGGAUACCCCGAGAUCGCGCUUCAAUUCGUUCAGGACCCUCAGACGCGAUUUGCGCUUGCGCUUGAGUGCGGAAACUUGGAUAUCGCGCUCGAAGAGGCGAAGACGCUGGAUAGGCCUGAGGUGUGGACAAAGCUUGGUGAGGAGGCGUUGAGGCAGGGAAACCACCAGGUUGUGGAGAUGACGUAUCAGAAGCAGAAGGCGUUCGACAAGUUGUCGUUCCUUUACCUCGCGACCGGAAACCAGGAGAAGUUGGGACGGAUGCUCAAGAUUGCUGAACAUCGUGGGGAUUAUAUGUCGCAGUUUCAGAACUCGUUGUUCUUGGGUGACGUCGAGUCUAGGAUUAGGAUGUUGAAGGAGUGUGAUCUUUAUCCGCUUGCUUACAUGACUGCCAAGACUGCUGGACUCGAGGCUGAGGCACAGGAGAUCUUGGAGGCGUGUGGGAUGAGCGAGGAGGAGAUUAAGAUGCCGAAUAAGAUGGGCGGGGCGUUGCAGCCUCCUGCUGUCGUGUCUAAGACUUUCGAGGCAAAUUGGCCGUUGAGGCCGGCGAGUCAGAGCAAGUUUGAGCAGACGUUGUUGAAUCAGGUUGCGAACAUGAGCCUCGAGGAUGCUCCGGCGACUCCGGCGGAGGAGAAGUGGGAUGAUGCGAAUGAGGCUGCGGACUUGAUUGAUGUUGAGGGCGACGAGGAUGAGGAGGGUGGAUGGGAUAUGGGCGAUGAUGAUAUUGUUAUGGAGGCACCCGAGGAGGAACAAGUCGCCGAAGAUGUCGGUCCUGCUCAGCCUGGUACCUCCGAGGCGGAUCUCUGGGUCCGUAACUCGCCGUUGGCGGCUGAUCAUGUCGCUGCCGGUUCAUUUGAGAGCGCGAUGCAGCUCUUGGACAGACAAAUCGGUGCCGUGAACUUUGAGCCCCUCAAGCCCCGUUUCAUGGCGAUCUUUCAGGCUAGUAAGACGUACCUCCCUGCUGGUGCCGGAUUGCCCAGUUUGGAGAACCAUGUCAGGAGGAAUCCGGAUGAGACUGAUUCUCGGAAGAUCCUGCCCGUCAUUCCUAGGGAUUUGAGCGCGGUUGCGACGGAUGAGUUGCAGGAGGCUUACAAGCUCGUCAAGGCUAACAAUAUCGGUGAGGCUGUGACGUUGUUCCGUACGAUUCUGCAUACCCUUCUCUUGACUGCCGUUUCUUCUCAGUCUGAGGCGGAGGAACUCACUCAGCUUGUCGAAGUCUGCAAGGAAUAUAUUCUCGGUCUCUCCAUCGAGCUUACCCGAAGAGAAAUCGGAACGGAUGCUGAGCAGUUGAAGAGGAACUUGGAGUUGGCGGCAUACUUCACCCGUGCGAAAUUGCAGCCUGCGCAUAAGCAGUUGGCGUUGCGUUCCGCGAUGAACUCUGCGUACAAGGCCAAGAACUUUGAUUCUGCCGCCAAGUUCGCACACUCGUUCGAGGAAUUGGUGAACGGUGGCGGAGGCAAAGCGCUCGAGCAAGCACGUAUGAUCAUCCAAGCCGGAGACCGCAACCCCCGCGACGCCGUCGAGAUCGAUUUCGACCACUUUGCCGAGUUCGAGGUCUGUGCUGCAUCCAAUACCCCCAUCUACGCGUCAAGUCCGAGCGUGAGGUGUCCGUUUGAUCAGGCGGCGUAUUUGCCGGAGUAUAAGGGGAGCGUGUGUACGAUUUGUCAGGUGUCGGCUGUGGGGCAAAAUGCUACCGGGUUGAGGUAA